AUGUUGCAGCCGCCAUCGUCGGGAUUCUCCAGCCACCGACCUCACCCUUCUCCGACGUACAUCGCCGCCUUCCUCGUCUGUGAAGCCAUAGAAACAAGACCACGGUGUGGCCGCCAUCUCUCUCCUUUGCGUCUAUUUUCCGAUCAGUUGAGGCUGCUAGCGACCACCGUGUCAAUGGAACGCCACUGUGACUUCCCGAUAUCGUGGUUAGAAGAAGCGAAACCCACCUCCGCCGAGCCGCUGAGCGUAAUAGCUUUUAUCUCCCAGCAAUGGCAGUCGACAGCGUGGCUUCCGGGUGUGUGUGAGUCGUCAUCUUUCCGCCAUCCUCCUCCUUCUUCUUUCACUGUCGAUGUUCAGGGUCCGACUAGACCGUCCGACGUCGUUCUGACCACCCUUCGCCAUCGUUUUCCCAACAGACGAGUGGCCGCCGCCACUCCGAGCAACCGAUGUACGAUGCUGCUGCCGCCUCUCCGGAUUUCUGCCAUCGCCAAGCACCACCAGGAUGAUCCAGAUACGAUCUAUGGUGAUGAUAAUGACGACUUCACAGGAUUCACCUACAGUCCCUCUAACAUUCGGACUGAAAUUGAUGACAAAGCUCCUGUUACAAGAGGGCAACUCAAGACGAUUAAUGAGAAACUGGACUCGUUGCUCCAAGCUUCUAAAGCAUCAUCCAGUGAUGAGUAUUCACAAGCUACGAUGAUGUCCCUCCUCCAGACCCUUACAAAAGAACACUCGGCUAAUCUGGAGAAAACGAACAAAGCGGUAGAUACUUCUACUUCAGUGUGCAACACAACGACCGAAAAAGUCAAUAAACUAAUUACCGAUGCUCUUUUGUUCAUAGAGAAAUUUCAAACCUCCUUCGAGUUCAACACAACGAAGGCCAAUGAAGUUAUUUAUGGCCUUGGCUCCACACUUAAAACGGAGAAAGUGAAACUCGAAGAGGUUCACACUGGUAUUCAAAAAGACAAUGUCGAGCUCAAUUCCUCAUUUUCAUCGAAGAUCACGCAGCUUCAAGAUGACUUGGCAAGUGAGAUCAAAAUAAUGGUUGCUCUUGCUGUGAAGACAGAAAAUGUGAAAGUCUUAACAGUCAAGCUAGAGCAUGCCAGUGUUUGUGAUGCUCAAUCGACUGGAAGGUGUUCUAGAAUCAAGCUUAAUUCUGAAAAGCUCAAGCCCACUAUCAUGCCCAAAAGAGAAAAUGAACCAAAAGGCAAAGAGAAGUUGAUCAGUGAAGAACCAAUUAUUGAUAACAGUGAAGAUGAAGAGCUUGAAGAACAUGAGCUAAAAAGAAGAAAAGAUCGUGGAGCUCAGAUGGAUGAGCACCAAAGAAUUAUUCGUGAGGCUAAUAAGAAAGAAAUAUUCGAACGUGAAGCUCAGUAUUGGUUGGAACCAGUUAUGUCAUUCGAUCUUCUGAAUAGACAAGAUUCGCAGCUGGACCUUCCAAUUACUCUGAAAGCCUUCCAUUUUUGUAGUUUUGUGAAAUUUGUGAAUGUCCUAGCAACAGACAGUGUUGCAGACCACUUGCUUUUCUUGUUCUACCUUAAGCAUAUGAACCUGCAGUAUGAGACAUGGAGUGCAAGCUAA